UUGGGCCCAGAAUGUGUCCAGGAUAAUUGUGUGUGAGUGGGGGGCCCUAGGACUGGCCCAGCCCCCUCCCCUUCUGUUUCCUACAGCCUCUCCUUGGAAGAGGACGCUGGGUGACUGCGUGUGUUUCCUGCAGCUUGUUGGAAGUCAGGAUGGGUAACACGGAGGCCGAGAGGAUGAUGACGGGCUUGCUCCAACUCUACCACGAAUACGCCCAAGACUCAGGUGCUAUGGACAAAGCUGGCUUAUCCAAGAUGAUGCAGGAGAAUUUCCCCACCUUCCUGUCGGCCUGUGAAAGAAAGAGCCCGGAUUUCUUAGAGAAGUUCUUUGAGAAGGAGGACGUGAACCAUGAUGAGAAGAUCAGUUUUCCUGAGUUUCUCUCCAGUGUUGCGACAGUGGCCAUGGAUAUGUACCCCGAGUCCCAAGGCCAGAAGCCCUGUUCUGAGGGCUAGAGACCCAGCCCUGCCCAGCCCCAUCAGCCCCGUCAGCCCAGAGGUUUCCACUGAGGCCUGGGAUCGGCAGACCCCAACCAAUAAACUGCUGUCU